CAAGGUGUCAAACCAGGCACUACAUUGUUGAUGGUAAAGACGGGAUACACUGCCACUGAACCUGUCCAAACUUCCUACAUCGGCGAUGAUGAUCUCGAUCAGCUGUACAACUAUAAUUUCACUAAUGUGCUAGACUCUGAUCUACAGUUCGUACGAGGUGGGCAUCCGUACACCCGUCCUUGUGGCUGGCACAGAGUUGCCCUGAAAGUGUUGGGUCGUUAUGAUGAUGAUGUCUGGCUUGGUACACGUGGUAUCAGAACGUGGUCAUCAGAGGGAGAGUGGGCUGUUUCGUAUCAUGGAACUGCAGCCGAGAAUAUCAGACCAAUUUGCAGUGGUGGAUACGAUACGGGCAAAUGCACGAAGCAAAUGUUUGGUCCAGGAAUCUACUCCACUCCAUCGUUCGCGGUCGCCGAAUCGUAUGCCAAGCAAUUUGUUUUAAAGGGGGUAUCAUACAAGAUGUUACUACAAAAUCGAGUGAAUCUCGUCAGUUCUAAGAUCGUGCCAAGGGAGAGCAACUGCGCUGAGGCUGAUUAUUUCGUAACACCGGAUGAUAAGGAUAUUCGCCCAUACGGAGUUUGCCUCAAACAAGUCUAG